AUGUUACUACAAAUUUAACUUUCACAUUAAUUUUUUUUUAUUUCGAAAAAAGUUGUUUUGAAUACAAUCUUUCGAAAAAUAUGGCUAUAUUUUUAAAAUUUAUAGUUAUUCUUUUUAUACAAUUUUACAUUGAAUACAUAAUAAUGCAGAUAUUUACUAAGUGAUUCGUUAUUCUGUUGCCUUAUUCUAUAAAGACACGAUAAAACUUAAACUUUUUCUAGGUUAAAUUUUUGUAUAUAAAGGUUAUUAGCAUCAAGAUACAUUAACUUUGGCCGAUUUUUAAUUUCCCAUACUAAUUAUAAAGAUGGUAGAAAAAAAAUACAUGGUCUAAACAAUUAUUAUUGCAAUUUUAACACUAUUGAGAUUUUCGUCCAUAAUAAAGCCGACAUAACAGCACAGUGGCAUAAAUCGCAUGAGUUGAUUUCAAUGUGACACUACAAAACAAUAUUGUUCUGGUUAUGAAAAAUUAUGUUAUCAAAUAGCUACGCCAACUUUAAAUUUUACAAAAAUAUCAAUAAUAGUAAAAUUUACAAUAAUUAUUAACUUUAUUUUUUUAUAUUAACAUCAAUAAUCAUUUAAAUAACAAUGUAAGUUGUAAAUAUUUGUUCUUUUUUUUGGCAAAAAAAAAAAUGGUGUAAGCAAUCUUUUAUAUUUCCACUUUUUAAAAAUUAAUUAACACUAAUAAUUCCAUUUCCAUUUUCUUUUCUUCUUCCUUAGCGCACAGUACACCCCAUACUUUUCCACACUAGCUUUGACAAAUCCACACGCUAUCCCUCUCGUCUCCUUCCUCGCACCUUCGCCCCCUUUUCGCCCCCAUUUAUACCCCACUCUCCUCCUCUCUCCUCUUCCUUCAUCUUCAUCUUCACCAAUUCCUCGAUUACUGUCUGCGCCAAUUCAAUUUCAACUACCGCGAUUUUGAAUUCUUCAAUGGAGAACAAUCAGUCUUCGUUUUGGCAGUUCAGCGACAACCUCCGCCUCCAGACGGGGAGCCUCGCCGAUCUCUCGCUCAACGACUCAAUCUGGAGCACCAACUACGCGGCCAAGCGGAGCGCCGAGGAGCGCCGCAACUUCGACUUCCGCAACGCCGGCGAAGCCACCUUCGGUAACGAUCUCAAGUCGGAUUUCAACGCCGGGUUCAGCAACGACGCGUGGAAGGCGCCGAUCAACGAUAGCUUCAAUUACUCCGGGUACGGAUCGGGCUCCGCCGGGCUGAACGGCGGGUUCAACAAGGGCGUGUACACGACGCCGCCGCCGUCGAUGAAUUUCAACAGCUAUUACAGCAAGGGGAAGGGUUUCGCGAAUAAUAAUGCUGUGAUGAAUGGGAAGAUUAACAGGGGGAAAAACGACGAGGAGCACGGGGGGAAAUUGGGGAAGAAGAACAGGGGGAAUAAGGAGAGCGGUAAGGAUAGCAACGGCGAGAACAAGACGGCAGUGGAUAAGAGGUUUAAGACGCUGCCGCCGGCUGAGGCCUUGCCGAGGAAUGAGACCAUCGGCGGAUACAUUUUUGUUUGCAACAACGAUACCAUGGCGGAGAACCUUAAGCGCCAACUCUUUGGUCUGCCACCGCGCUACCGCGACUCUGUGCGUGCAAUAACGCCAGGGCUACCUCUCUUUCUCUACAACUACUCAACCCAUCAGCUUCAUGGAGUUUUUGAGGCUGCAAGCUUUGGUGGAACCAACAUCGACCCUACAGCUUGGGAGGACAAGAAAAACCAAGGGGAGUCGCGGUUCCCUGCUCAGGUCCGCGUGGUGACGAGGAAGAUCUGCGAGCCGCUCGAGGAAGACUCCUUCCGCCCAAUCCUCCACCACUACGACGGCCCUAAGUUCCGCCUUGAACUCAACAUUCCUGAGGCUCUAUCCCUUUUGGACAUUUUUGCUGACACCAAUGUUUGAGCUUGUGAGAAGAUGAAUGGUUGAUGGAAGGAAGAAGAAGAAUAGGCAUUUUGGUUGGUUGUAUAUAGAAGAAGAUAUACAUACAUCUAUCAAAGGAGUUUUGGGACUUCGCUUGUAAUACAAUAUACUACUAUAAAUUAAUUAAUGUUUACUUGUGUAAGUGAAAAAUAAUGCUUGAAACAAAUUGCUCUUUUUCUCAAGUCAAAGAUGCAAUAAUUUUGAUAAA